AAACAUCUUCCCACCACCUUCACCUAUCAUUUGAACCAAAAAUCUAUUGUUUCGACGGGUUGUCAUGACGGAUCGAGCUAACUGCUCAACUUCAACAUCAAACUGGCGGAAACCGAAACCUCUUGCCACAGAUGUUCUUGAGAAACCGGCCAGACUGCUUCCCAAGAUGAAGCUGGAGGAGCUUGUGACAGUUAUGCUUCUCACAGUGGCUGUCAUUGCUCAGAAUCUUCCGAUUGGAGUAAUAUUGGCUGGAGUUCUUAUUUUAUACAUCACAGUGGUUCAUGGAGAUUUCAUUUAUAGAAGUUAUCUUACGUUGAAUAGGGAUUUAACAGGAUUGGCUCUAAUUAUUGAAGUCAAAAUCGACCUAUGGUGGAGGUUGCAUCAGAAUAAAGGAAUCCAUGAACUGUUUUUGGAUAUUGUGAAAAAGAAUCCAAAUAAGCCGGCGAUGAUUGACAUCGAGACGAAUACAACAGAAACAUACGCAGAGUUCAAUGCACAUUGUAAUAGAUAUGCCAAUUAUUUCCAGGGUCUUGGCUAUCGAUCCGGAGACGUUGUCGCCUUGUACAUGGAGAACUCGGUCGAGUUUGUGGCCGCGUGGAUGGGACUCGCAAAAAUCGGAGUUGUAACGGCUUGGAUCAACUCGAAUUUGAAAAGAGAGCAACUUGUUCAUUGUAUCACUGCGAGCAAGACAAAGGCGAUUAUCACAAGUGUAACACUUCAGAAUAUUAUGCUUGAUGCUAUCGAUCAGAAGCUGUUUGAUGUUGAGGGAAUUGAGGUUUACUCUGUCGGAGAGCCCAAGAAGAAUUCUGGAUUCAAGAAUCUCAAGAAGAAGUUGGAUGCUCAAAUUACUACGGAACCAAAGACCCUUGACAUAGUAGAUUUUAAAAGUAUUCUUUGCUUCAUCUAUACAAGUGGUACUACUGGAAUGCCAAAAGCCGCUGUCAUGAAGCACUUCAGAUAUUACUCGAUUGCCGUUGGAGCCGCAAAAUCAUUCGGAAUCCGCCCUUCUGAUCGUAUGUACGUCUCGAUGCCAAUUUAUCACACUGCAGCUGGAAUUCUUGGAGUUGGGCAAGCUCUGUUGGGUGGAUCAUCGUGUGUCAUUAGAAAAAAAUUCUCGGCUAGCAACUUUUGGAGGGAUUGUGUAAAGUAUGAUUGUACAGUUUCACAAUACAUUGGAGAGAUUUGUCGGUACUUGUUGGCUCAGCCAGUUGUGGAAGAGGAAUCCAGGCAUAGAAUGAGAUUGUUGGUUGGAAACGGACUCCGUGCUGAAAUCUGGCAACCAUUUGUAGAUCGAUUCCGUGUCAGAAUUGGAGAACUUUAUGGUUCAACUGAAGGAACUUCAUCUCUCGUGAACAUUGACGGACAUGUCGGAGCUUGCGGAUUCUUGCCAAUAUCCCCAUUAACAAAGAAAAUGCAUCCGGUUCGAUUAAUUAAGGUUGAUGAUGUCACUGGAGAAGCAAUCCGAACUUCCGAUGGACUUUGCAUUGCAUGUAAUCCAGGAGAGUCUGGAGCAAUGGUGUCGACGAUCAGAAAAAAUAAUCCAUUAUUGCAAUUCGAGGGAUAUCUGAAUAAGAAGGAAACGAAUAAAAAGAUUAUCAGAGAUGUCUUCGCAAAGGGAGAUAGUUGCUUUUUGACUGGAGAUCUUCUUCAUUGGGAUCGUCUUGGUUAUGUAUAUUUCAAGGAUCGUACUGGAGAUACUUUCCGUUGGAAGGGAGAGAAUGUGUCGACUACUGAAGUCGAGGCAAUUCUUCAUCCAAUUACUGGAUUGUCUGAUGCAACUGUUUAUGGUGUAGAGGUUCCUCAAAGAGAGGGAAGAGUUGGAAUGGCGUCAGUUGUUCGAGUUGUAUCGCAUGAGGAAGAUGAAACUCAAUUUGUUCAUAGAGUUGGAGCAAGACUUGCCUCUUCGCUUACCAGCUACGCGAUUCCUCAGUUUAUUCGAAUUUGUCAGGAUGUUGAGAAAACAGGUACAUUCAAACUUGUGAAGACGAAUCUACAACGAUUAGGUAUCAUGGAUGCUCCUUCAGAUUCAAUUUACAUCUACAAUUCUGAAAAUCGCAAUUUUGUGCCGUUCGACAAUGAUUUGAGGUGCAAGGUCUCACUGGGAAGUUAUCCAUUUUAAAUGUUUUUAAUAUCAGUAAAUUGUAUUAAUUUAUUUGCUCCGUUUCCGUUUCACUGUGUAAUUUCGCCAUGUCUUACCGGUUUUCUCUUCGUCUUUCCAUUACCUAAUUCGUUUUUUCUUCUCGCAGACUUUCACACGUAUCCUCAGUAUAGAUCCAAUGUGCGCAUUCCGCAUGAAAUGCGGGGUCCCGUCAGAACCCCGACAGCCAGUGCUUUAUUAAAUUCCUGUUGUGUUUCUCUCUUCUUUUGAAUCUAUUUAUUUUACUACGUCAUAUGAACUCCUUCAUUUUUGUUUCGUGCACCCCACAGCUCACUGUUUUCUUUCCAAUGUGAUUUUUUCGAGAAUAAACUAUUUUCGCUU